CCUCACUGUUACUUAUUUGAAGCAGCACUGACAACCCGCCUCUGCUCCAUAUAAACCCAGCUCAACGCAGCCAAUCAGCUGGAGACGCGGCUGCACAGCAUGGUCGGAUAUUUUCGGACACGCCCCUCCCCUUUGCUGCAAACUAACUUGAUCCUCCGGUUCUGGAAUGCAAAUGUGGACGUGCAGGUCGAUUGACAGAGAGGGGGCGUGGUUUGCUGUGUUGCUGUUGCUGAAGGAGGAGGGCUCGGCCGAGCACUGGCUGUUUCCUUCCUAUGUGUGCUGGACUUUUAAUGAUCGAUCGCUGUUAUCUGCAUUGUUUAUGCUUCUCUUUUGUAUUACCCGACACCGGCCUCAGACUCUUUCAUCAUUGAUGUUGUAAUGGACUGAUAGACAUGUAAGUGCUGGUGGCGCUGCUCUUCUCCCAUCACUGGAUCAUCAGAAUCAUGAGGCUGUGCAGGUUGCUGCUGAAACACUCCGUCCCCAGUCAGAUCGAGUACUACUCCAAAUUCUCCCCCUCCCCGCUCUCCAUCAAACAGUUCCUGGAUUUCGGGCGUAAUAAUGCUUGUGAGAAGACCUCUUACCUGUUUCUGAGAAAGGAGCUGCCAGUGCGAAUUGCAAAUAGUCUCAGAGAGGUAAACCUACUGCCUGAGAGUUUGCUGCAGAGACCUUCUGUGAAACUAGUCCGAUCCUGGUACUUGCAGAGUUUUCUCGAACUAUUAGAAUAUGAAAAUAAGAGCCCAGAAGAUCCAGAUGUCCUGUAUGACUUUUUAAACGUGCUCAUCCAAGUGAGAAAUAGGCACAAUGAUGUGGUUCCUACAAUGGCCCAAGGUGUCAUCGAAUAUAAGGAGAAAUAUGGAUUUGACCCAUUUGUCAGCAGCAACAUUCAGUACUUUCUGGACCGAUUCUACAUGAACAGAAUUUCCUUCCGAAUGCUCAUUAAUCAGCACACUCUGCUCUUCGGAGGGGACAGAAAUCCCGCUCAUCCGAAACAUAUAGGCAGCAUUGAUCCCACCUGUAAUGUGCCGGAAGUGGUUAAAGAUGCCUAUGAAACAGCAAAGAUGCUGUGCGAGCAAUUUUAUAUGGCAGCCCCUGAGCUGAAAGUGGAAGAGUUUAAUGCCAAGGCCCCCGGCAGACCUCUCCAUGUUGUUUAUGUGCCCUCCCAUCUGUUCCAUAUGCUGUUUGAGCUAUUUAAGAACUCAAUGAGAGCCACCGUCGAGCUCCACGAAGACAAAACCGAUGCCUUGCCCCCAGUAACGGCCCUGGUCACACUGGGAAAAGAAGAUCUGUCUAUAAGGAUAAGUGAUAAAGGUGGCGGGGUGCCCUUGAGGAAAAUUGAUCGUCUCUUUAAUUACAUGUAUUCAACAGCGCCAACACCGAGCCUGGAACCAAGCAGGGCAGUUCCAUUGGCUGGAUUUGGCUAUGGCCUGCCCAUCUCACGACUGUAUGCCCGCUAUUUCCAAGGAGACCUCAAACUGUAUUCCAUGGAAGGUGUUGGGACUGAUGCUGUUAUCUAUCUUAAGGCCGUUUCCAGCGAAUCAUUUGAAAGGCUCCCCGUCUUUAACAAGUCGGCGUGGCGACACUACAAGAAUGCUGCCGAAGCCGAUGACUGGAGCAAUCCAAGCAGGGAUCCACGGGAUACUUCCAAACACAAAUCGAAUUGACCUUGGCAAAUCUGUUGGGCAGUGGCAUAACACAGCAUUAUCUUUAAUCAGAUUUCCUUGCAGUACAAAUAGGAGAUUGUGAAGAAUAUGAUAAUAAGGGGUUAUUAAUUAAUAAUGCAACCCAUUCAUCUUG